AUGGAUUUCGAAAAUCAUAUCAGAAAUUACUUUCAGUCGAACGAUUAUACUAAAUGGAGUCGAUUCUUUAAACAAACAACUAGAAGAUUAUCCAAUCAAAAAAAUCUUCGCUUGGCAGCAAGAAAUAAGGCAUUGAAGCUUCUUGAAAACUUGGAGAGAACUCUAAAACGAAAAGAUAUAUCAAGUUUUCUUGAAAAUCAGGACCUAAAAUUCGCUGAGGGUCGAUAUAAAGUAAAUGUUGAAUUAAGUGUCGUUACCGACAAGACGGCUAUGACAGGAAAGACUAGCGAAAAAUUUGCAAAAUCUUUAAAUAACGAUCAUGACAUCAGGGGCUCUGAAAAUCAAGAUUCCAUUACAAAAACACAGACUACUAUUAAUAAUGAACAAGAAGAAAACAAACAGGAGGAAAGUAAACAGGAAGAAAAUAAACAGGAAGAAAGUGAAGGCGGAGAUGUAAUUGUCGAUGAAAGUAGUACGAUGUGUGUUAAGGAUAUCCUUGAAGACUCGAUUGAAGUUUCAUCCGUCAUAAAGGAAGUUACAAAAAUCUUUUUAAGUAAAUUCCCUAAGACAUCUAUAAUGGAUCUGCGUCCAAAAUCAAAAUUUUCAUUAUUUCUGGAUUUGGAACUUCAAAAAACCAUUUUGCACGAAGUUUUUGAUGAAAUUGACAACUAUAUUACUGAUGAUAUCCACGAAUACCUUACAUCGUUUUUCAAUGAAGAUUUCACUGCACAGGGCUGGGAUAAUGCCAUCAACAAUAUGGACUUCAAUAGAUGUGAUUCAGAACACUUAAAGAAUAUUAAAAAAUUAAUACAGGAAACUUUACCUAAAUUUUUAAAAGCGUUUUCAUUGGAGGAUCUUAAUCCGUUGAGGGAUAUUACAAUUCUGGAAAAACCGCAUCUUAACCAUGGUGAAAUACCUUUGAAAGGUCUUGGAACUAGAAUACGGGCCGAUGGAGUAGGAUUUCUCAAUGACGUAGUAAAUUACCCUAUAGUAUGUGGUGAGGGAGCACGACCGGGAGCGCCACAAAAAAAAAGUGUGGAUGACGAUAUAAAGAAUGCAAGUAGUAUGGCAGUAUUAUAUAAUAAUAAUGUUAUAGAAGAAGCAGAUGCACGCCGACAACUUUUUACAGACUUAAGAAUUUAUGGUUUAACUGCUUUUAAAACUGAAUUGUCACUGACAAUGAUGGACUUUAGAAGUGUACAUAGGUUAUUCGAGGUUGAUCAUUUCGGCCUACCAAAAAACUGGGUUGAUAUGCCAAACUUUGUGUGGUUAUACGAGGCAAUAAUCAAAUGGGCUUUAUGUGUUAAUUCAACACGAAAUGGAUUGAUCGAACAUAGAAAGAAAAGAAGGGUGAGCCGAUACUCUGAAGUUGGCAUCGCAAAAAAAUUAGCAUCAUUAAGGGAUCAACAUGAAUAG